CCGCCGCUGCUGCUGCUGCUCGGCUGCCUUCCAGGAGUGUGGUCUUUUAGCGAACUCUUUUUUAUAAAAGAGCCCCAGGAUAUAACUGUCACAAGAAAAGACUCCCUCCUUCUCGAUUGCCACGCCCACGGAGAUGUUCCUAUUAAGGUCACGUGGUUGAAAAAUGGAGUAAAAGUGUCUGAAAGUAAACGGAUCCAGGUUCUUUCUAACGGCUCCUUGUACAUCCGUGAGGCUGAAGGCCGGCGAGGAGAGCCGACAGAUGAGGGAUUUUAUCAGUGCUUGGCCAUGAACAAAUAUGGAGCCAUUCUUAGUCAAAAAGCGCAUCUGGCCCUGUCAACUAUUUCUGCAUUUGAAGUUCAGCCGGUGUCCACCAAGGCUCACGAAGGCGGAGUUGCUCGAUUUGCCUGCAAGAUUUCAUCCAACCCUCCUGCCGCCAUCACGUGGGAGUUUAACCGCACGGCUCUGCCUGUAGCGACAGACAGGAUAACGGCCCUGCCGACAGGUGUGCUCCAGAUCUAUGAUGUGGGCCACAUGGAUGCCGGGAGUUACCGCUGCGUGGCCUCCACGGUAGCUCACCGACGGAAGAGUAUGGAGGCCUCCCUCACAGUCGUCCCAGCAAAGGAGUCUAAAUCCUUCCUCACGCCAACCAUUGUAGCCGGCCCGCAGAAUGCAACAGUGUCUCUCCACCACACGGUUGUUUUAGAGUGCGUGGCUACAGGAAAUCCCAAGCCAAUCAUUUCUUGGAGUCGCCUUGAUCACCAGUCCAUUGACGUCUUUAACACCCGGGUACUAGGAAAUGGUAACCUCAUGAUAUCUGAUGUCAGACUGCACCAUGCUGGAGUGUACAUUUGUCGGGCCACUACCCCUGGCACGCGUAACUUUACGGUUGCCAUGGCCACCCUAACGGUGUUAGCUCCUCCUUCAUUUGUGGAAUGGCCAGAGAGUUUAACGAGACCUCGAGCUGGCACUGCUCGGUUUGUGUGCCAGGCAGAAGGAAUCCCCUCGCCUAAGAUGUCCUGGUUGAAAAACGGAAGGAAGAUCCAUUCCAAUGGGAGAAUUAAAAUGUACAACAGUAAGCUGGUAAUUAACCAGAUUAUUCCCGAGGAUGAUGCUAUUUAUCAGUGCAUGGCUGAGAACAGCCAAGGGUCUGUUCUGUCCAGAGCCAGGCUGACCGUUGUGAUGUCGGAGGACAGCCCGAGCGCCCCCUGUAACGUGCACGCCGAAACCAUGUCCAGCUCCGCCAUCCUCCUGGCCUGGGAGAGGCCGUUGUACAAUUCAGACAAGGUCAUCGCCUAUUCCGUGCACUACAUGAAAGCAGAAGGUUUAAAUAAUGAAGAAUAUCAAGUAGUUCUUGGGAAUGACACAACCCAUUACAUUAUUGAUGAUUUAGAACCUGCCAGCAACUACACUUUCUACAUUGUGGCCUACAUGCCCAUGGGGGCUAGCCAGAUGUCAGACCACGUGACACAGAACACCCUGGAGGAUGUUCCUCUGAGACCUCCUGAAAUUAGCUUGACCAGCCGCAGUCCCACGGACAUCCUCAUCUCCUGGCUGCCCAUCCCCGCCAAGUAUCGGCGUGGUCAGGUGGUCCUGUACCGCCUUUCCUUCCGCCUGAGCUCCGACAGCCACAUCCAGGUCCUGGAGCUCCCCGGGACCACGCACGAGCACCUUCUGGAAGGCCUGAAACCCGACUGUGUCUAUCUGGUCCGGAUUGCUGCUGCCACCCGAGUGGGACUGGGGGAGUCGUCCGUGUGGACUUCACACAGGACCCCCAAAGCCACCAGUGUGCAAGCCCCGAAGUCUCCAGAGCUGUAUCUGGACCCUCUGAACUGCACCACGAUUUCGGUGAGGUGGCAGCUGGGCGCUCAGGACCGAGCCGCCGUCCGGGGCUACAAGCUCUUCUACAAAGAAGAGGGGCAGCAGGAACACGGCCCGAUCUUCCUACGUACCAGCGACCUUCUCUACACACUCAGUGGCCUGGACCCCCGAAGAAAAUACCACGUGAGGCUGCUGGCCUACAAUAGCAUCGAAGAUGGCUACCAGGCGGACCAGACGGUCAGCACUCCAGGCUGUGUGUCGGUUCGGGAUCGAAUGGUUCCUCCUCCACCACCCCCCCACCACCUCUACGCGAAGGCGAACACCUCCUCCUCCAUCUUCUUGCACUGGCGGAGGCCAGCGUUCACCACUGCGCAGGUCAUCAACUACACCAUCCGCUGCAACCCCGUGGGCCUGCAGAAUGCUUCCUUGGUUCUCUACCUGCAAACGUCAGAGACUCACAUGUUGGUUCCAGGGCUGGAACCAAACACCAAAUAUGAGUUUGCUGUGCGAUUGCACGUGGACCAGCUCUCCAGUCCCUGGAGCCCCGUGGUCUACCACUCCACACUUCCAGAAGCACCCUCAGGUCCCCCGAUUGGAGUAAAGGUGACCCUGAUCGACGAUGACACUGCCCUGGUCUCAUGGAAACCCCCUGAUGGGCCUGAGACGGUGGUGACACGUUAUACUAUCCUGUAUGCAUCCAGAAAGGCCUGGAUCGCGGGAGAAUGGCAAGUCAUGCAUCGAGAAGGAGCAAUAACCAUGGCUUUGCUGGAAAACCUGGUGGCUGGAAACGUGUACAUUGUCAAGAUAUCUGCCUCCAAUGAAGUGGGGGAAGGGCCCUUCUCAAACUCUGUGGAGCUGGCUGUGCUUCCUAAAGAAGCUCCUGAGUCCAACCAGAGGCCCAAGCGUUUAGAUUCUGCUGAUGCCAAAGUUUACUCAGGCUAUUACCAACUCGACCAGAAAUCCAUGACGGGCAUCGCCAUAGGGGUGGGCAUCGCUUUGACCUGCAUCCUCAUCUGUGUCCUCAUCUUGAUAUACCGGAGUAAAUCCAGGAAAUCAUCUUCUUCCAAGAUGGCUCAGAAUGGAACACAACACUUGCCUGGCACCAGUGCCACCUUUGCCACGAGGAAUGAAGUGGGAAAGACACUGCAGAGAUCUGUAGAGAAUGAAGAAUCCUUGCUGCCGAUGAUCAUGCCCAACAGCUUCAGCGAUGCGAAGGGAGGAACCGACCUGAUAAUUAAUAGCUAUGGUCCUGUAAUUAAAAACAACACUAAGAAAAAGUGGCUUUUUUUCCAAGACUCUAAGAAGACAAAAGUGGAGCAGCCUUCCAGAAGAUUCCCUCAAGCCGCCUGCUUCUACCAGCCGGGCACCACGGUGCUGGUGACUGCCGCCUCCCCCAGCCCCCCAGGCCCAGCCAGGGGCUCCCGGGCGCCCUUCCUGUCCGCCCCAGAUGCCCCGGACGCCGAGCAUUCUGCCAACAGUGAGGGCAGCCACGAGACUGGGGAUUCUGGAAGGUUCUCUCAUGAGUCCAAUGAUGAGAUACACCUGUCGUCCGUUCUAAGUACCACACCCCCGGCCCCUCAUUCUCUCCCUGGUAUUUGA